CGUUCUGUCGAGCCAGCGCCAUUUUUUCAAUGCAAGACUUGGCCUGCAUAAAUUAUGUUCAUGACGUAGUGCAAAAAGAGCAAAUUUGUGUUAAUUUUUAGGCACUUUUCUGCAGAUAAGGGGUUACCUUGGCUAUUAAGGUGCACUUGCUUCACCGGCACGACAGUUAACGGAAAGACGUCAUUAAAUAUUUAGUUGAAAAGAGAACCAGCGCUUUCCCGAGCCUCCUUAUCAAUGCAAAUAGCUCUUUUGUGUGCAUUCGUAGCGCGCGUCGGAAGCUGUGAGAUGAAUUUUUAAUUAUGCAUAUUUAAAAGAAACUGUGGCAAAGCUCGCCGAAGGAGGAGAAAUAAAGAAAAUAUCCCACCUUUCAGCGGGUGGUACUGCGGAGCUGGUAACAUCCCCUUCAUCCACUAUGCAGAAUCAUUGAUCUCCUCAGAGCUUAGACGUCAUCAUGGACACCGAGGAUCUCCCUGCAAACAAUGCGCCACUCACUGUCAAUGAACAGCUUUUAGGUUCCUGCACUUUGAAAUUCCCAGCACAAGACGACCAGGUCAUCGUCAUGUCAGGUCAGGAGACCAUCCGAGUGUUGGAGGUGGAGGUGGAUACAGCCUUGUCUUCUUCAGGGGCUGAUGGGAAGUUGGAGUCAGGGGGCGAGGAGGGCGCUGGUCAGACCCUGGAUGCCGCUGAGGAGGGUCAGUUGGACAGUCCAGUAACCACAAGCGCUACUACAGCUGUGUCUGUGGAGGUCUCAGCACCUGCGGUCCAGACCGUGGUCUCCACAGCCCCCAUCAGUGUGUCUCCAGCCCAGCCACAGACCAGCGUACCCAUCACUGUCCAGGCCUGCCCACAGGUCCUGACUCAGGAUAGUUUGGCCUCUCUGAUGACUGGCAUGCUUGCCCAGCAGGGUUCUCUGGGUCAGCCCCUGCUCAUUCCUUUGAGUAUGGCCGGGUCUGUGGGUGGUCAGGGUGGUCUGGCAGUGCUCACCUUACCCACCGCCACUGUCGCCACCAUCCCUGGUCUCACAGCAGUCAGCCCUGCCGGAGGACUGCUGAAGCUGCCGUUUGCAGGACUGCAAGCUGCUACUGUGUUGAACUCCGUCCAGACGCAGCUGCAGUCACCUGCGCAGGCGGUCCUGCAGCCCCAGGUGUCUGCUCUGCAGUCCGUGCAAGCGGCUCUGCAGCCAACGCAGACCACGCCAGCCACCACCGCGUCUGUUGUACAAAAGGUGUCAGAGCCUAGUGCCUCUGUCGCAACACUUCAGACUGCAGGCCUGUCCAUCAACCCUGCUAUUAUUAGCGCAGCCUCUCUGGGAGCUCAGCCUCAGUUCAUCAGCUCUCUUACUACAACUCCCAUCUUCACCAGCGCCAUGUCUAAUGUGGCAGGACUCACAAGUCAACUCAUUACCAACGCACAGGGUCAGGUGAUUGGAACACUUCCUCUGCUGGUCAACCCUGCAUCACUGGCUGGAGCUGCGGCAGCCUCUGCGUUACCCGCUCAAGGCCUGCAGGUCCAGACUGUGUCCCCACAGCUGAUCUUGAACUCCCAGGGCCAGAUCAUUGCUACAAUAGGGAACGGUCCAACAGCAGCUGCCCCAUCCGCCGCCUCUGUCCUCCCCAAAGCCACCGUGCCCCUGACGCUCACCAAAACCACCACACAGGGUCCUGUUGGGAAAGUGGCCCCAUCCAAAGUGAUCAUUGCUCCCCAGCCACAAGUGGUUAAAUCAGUCACACCCCUCACCUCUACUGGUGCCAUUGCCUGUGGAGACAUGCCUACGGUGGGGCAGCUUGUCAGCAAGCCACAGUCUGCUGUGAAUGAAGAAGAGGCCAUUAAUCUGGAGGAGAUCCGGGAGUUUGCCAAGAAUUUCAAGAUUCGACGGCUCUCUCUGGGGUUGACACAGACUCAAGUGGGCCAGGCUCUCACUGCUACAGAGGGUCCAGCAUACAGUCAGUCAGCCAUCUGCAGAUUUGAGAAGCUUGACAUCACUCCUAAAAGUGCCCAGAAGCUGAAACCCGUGCUGGAGCGCUGGCUGGCCGAGGCUGAGCUCUGGAAUCAGAAAGGUCAGCAGAACUUGAUGGAGUUUGUGGGCGGAGAACCCUCCAAGAAGCGUAAACGGAGAACGAGCUUCACGCCGCAGGCCAUCGAGGUCCUCAACACUUACUUUGAGAAAAACUCUCUUCCGACUGGCCAAGAGAUUACAGAGAUCGCAAAGGAGCUGAAUUAUGACCGAGAGGUGGUUCGGGUCUGGUUUUGUAACCGUCGACAGACUCUGAAAAAUACAAGCAAGAUCAACGUGUUUCAGGCCCAGUAGGACGAUGGCGUGUCUCUUACAGUGCAACAGAAGAACUUUUUGGACAUUGAUGUAUUGGUGCUAGUUGCAAAAUGACUGAAAUAACUGAUUUGCUGUUGUGAUGAAGCCAGCGGCACUCGAAUUGUGUGCGGUCUUAGAAUAGUAUCUUUUUGUUGUUUUUUUUGGUUUCCGUUAUACUGCAUGCAGAGUGACUUUUUGCCAUGCCACCACAAUUUUCAAUGCUAAAAUGGCUUUUGAACUAUUUAAAAUACGGAAGAAGCUACGAAAUCCUGUAGUUGCUGUUUUUAUAGACGGAAAUAAGCACUUCAUUAAUAUAUAAUAGAGAAAACUUGCAAUUAUGCUCUCUCAUUUAGUUUUUUUUGCAGAAACUAACUAUUCUUGGCCAUUAAAAUUGCUUUUUGCUGUAGCAAUUUCAGCUAUGGCUUCUGACUAUGUUUAGUACAUUUAAGAGGCUAUUUAAUCAUUUGACUGAUUUUUAUUUUUAUUCAUUCAUUCAUAUAGUUUUGCUGUAAACUUUAAGCUAUGUGAUUGUACAAUGUUUGAGACAAAUAAUUGUUUUUUGUUCAUCUUAAAACUUCCAAAAAGUCCAUCUAAGAGGGUGUAUUCAGGUCUUUAUUUCAGUACAGUGGUUCCCCUGUCUUUGUGCUUAAAUACUGUAGAUGUGGUUCAGUCAAGUGGACAAUCAUAGUACUCUGAAUCAGAAAGCAUGCCCUGCUUUUAUGUGGCUAAAUCCAAUUUUUUCAUUUCAGCUGUCAUCGUAAUUUCAUAUCCCAGAGAAUUGUAUGAUUUCAACUGUUUUAAAUAGAAAACUGUAACUGUUAUCAAAGAUUACAAUAAUUGACGUACUAGAACAUGUCCUAUGGAUUUUAACAGAAAGCAAAUCUUUAUUUCAGGACAUAUUAAAGACAAACUUGCAUCUAUACCUAUAUGGGGCACUUAAGAAACAUUAGCUGUACUGCUGAUAGUUUGUUUUAUUGUUGAUCGAUGAGCUGUCAGACAAGUGUUAAAGAUAUUACUAUCAUUAAUGAAUUUGGAUUGUGCUCUCAUUUGUACUCUUAUUGUGGCAGCAAUAUUAACAGGUGAUAUGAACAUUUCCCCAUUUAGUAAAACAGCCCAGACAGAAGUUUGUUGUAACAUGUUUCACAUGUUUGUUCUAAGCAUAAAGCUAUAUUGUUCUUAUGGACCUUCAGUAUUUAUCUAAUGGAUUCUUAUCUUGAUUGGUACAAUACCAUACAUUUACAUUUUAAAUGUUGUGAAGAAGGAAUGGUAUUAGACAUGGUGUUUUAACAAACGCUAUAAACAUAGACUAAACAUGUAAAAAAGCAGCAUCUGUUCAACAUUUUAAUCUGCGCAGAACUUAUCGUUUUUAAAAUGAUGCAUUUACAGAUUAUAAACAAUGGUACGGUACUCCAUUAACUAUAUUUAUUUUGUAUCAAUUGUAAUGUUUGGUAUUAACUUGUUAUUGUAAUAAAUUAACGCUAAACAGA